CUUCACGCUCCAGUAGACUUACGUUUGACUGCUACCGGUAUCUGGAAAGGAAGGGGUGAUAUUGUUAUGAUACACUAGUAUACUCGAGGUUGAUAGUAUUGAUGGAAAAUGCUGAGUCACUUGUUCUUUCAUAGGACUCGCUCAGCUCAGCCCACAACCGGAUAGUAACUGCAUGUGCAUGCUACAAUGACCCUUACCUGCAUGCAGCUAGCGCUGGCAUUCACAAUCACACACACACAGACACACACACAGAGUAAUAAACGCAUUGUCAUGCUAUCGAUCCGCUGAAUGUGGACUUCCAACGGCUUCUGCGCACGUACUGUCGAUGCAUUUAGAGUGGAGCAAUGCAUGCAGUUGAAUGAGCCCGUGAUCUACCUGCAAGGUUGGCUCGUCGCCGCAAGUCGUCGGUGUUUAUAAGCAAGAUGACUCUGAAUUAUUUGGCAGUAUUGGACUUGAACGCUGGUCAGACCAAACCUGUGUGAGAUAUAUUUCAGAACCUAAAACUACAGACUCCAGGAUAUACAUAUAUUGCUUGUCUCUCUACCUCUGGCUAAAUAACUAUAUUACUUGAAUACCGUUGGAAUACAUUCGCAUCAUUAUAAUCAGGAUUUGUUUACGUCUAUGUGAUAUAUAUAGUAGGUGUGCUUCAUCUGGUAACAUAGUAUUCACAGCGAAAUUACUCUACAGUCAAUUACGGAAUAGAUUAGUGGCGCAGUGAAUCUUGGGGAUAUAUCGACUGCAGAUUACUUUGGAAUUACUUGAUUCGUUGGUCAUUCUGUGGAAUUAAAUUCAAGAGUGAUAACUUCAUCUUCUGGGAUUCUGUUCUACCUCAAGUGAUUGAAGAGCAGGGACUCCCAUCAUCAUCUCUUCUCUGUAUUAUGAUCCAAGCUGGACGUCAACAUUGCUCAACAACAGAAUUCUUCGCAUAAUGGCAAAGAGGGAGCCCUUCCCAAUAGCAAAAAUAUGGACCCACCACGAGUACCCCCAAAGCCACCCGUCUCUGACACGGCAAGCAACCCGCCCAGCGAAUGGCCACAGAAAGGAAUCCGUCACAAGAUUGGCUGUGAUGGCAGCAUCACCUUCACCAGUACCAAACACCCCGCCAACGCAUUCAAGAUCGUUAGCGAACUGCGGGAGAACCGCGAUUUGUGCGAUGUGACGCUCAUCGUCGAGACUGUUAAAUUUCACGCCCACAAGGUGGUGCUAGCAUCAUGUAGUCAGUACUUCAAGGCAAUGUUCACAAGCGGGUUCCACGAGUGCUCUAAGCAGAGUAUUGAGAUCAAGGAUGUACAUCCGUGCGUCUUCUCACGGAUAAUGGACUUCAUCUACACCUCGGAGAUCACCAUCACCGAGUGUAGCGUUCUGGAGCUUUUACCAAAAGCAAUCAUGUUCCAGAUAACAGACAUUGUGGAUGCGUGCUGUAAUUUUCUGGAGCACCAGUUGGACCCAACAAACUGUAUAGGAAUUUCAAUGUACGCGGAGGAGCACAGUUUACGUAGUCUGUCCGAACAGGCAAGCAUGUUUGUGUUCCGUCACUUCUGUGAAGUAUCUCAAUCGGAAGAAUUCAUGAACCUCAAUCUGGUGCAGCUUCUAACGGUCAUCAAGCAUGACAAGCUCAACGUAUGGUGCGAGUCGGAGGUCUACGAUGCCUGCCUCAGGUGGGUGCGGCACAAAGAGGACGAGCGUAGGCCGUGCCUAGAGAAACUCUUCAACUGCGGGGCGAUUCGCGUUGAGCACCUCUCACCAGCAUUCCUCAAGAGGCAAUUAGAUCGUUGCGACAUUCUCAGGGACGAGCCAAAGUGCAAAGACUACCUGUCCAAAAUCUUCCAAGAACUGCAGCUGCACAAGUCCUUCAAGACGCCCAAGCGGAACCCCAUCUCAGCUUGCGUCAUCUACACCGCCGGGGGCUACCUCCGCCAGUCUUUGACGACUGUGGAAUGUUACAACCCUGAGGAGGACCGAUGGCUCAGGUUAGCCGACCUCCCGGAGCCGAGAAGCGGACUCAGUGCAGCAACCAUACAUGGUAUAUUUUAUGUGGUAGGGGGAAGGAACAAUACUGCAGAGGCUAACACGGACUCCAAUCGCCUUGAUGCGUACAAUCCCCUCAAUAAUCAAUGGAAAACACUCCCUCCCAUGAACCACCCUAGGAACAGAGUGGCUGUAGCGGUACUAGAUGGACUAUUAUAUUCAGUAGGAGGCUCGCAUCAAUGUAAUCAACACAACAGCGCAGAAAGGUAUAAUCCAGACGAUGAGAAAUGGUCCAUGAUCGCCCCCAUGCACACCAAGAGGAUAGGGGUCGGGUGUGCCGUGGUCAACAGACUCCUCUACGCUGUCGGGGGAUUCGAUGGGGUCAACCGUCUCAACACGGUCGAGUGCUACCACACUGAGAACGACGAGUGGACGAUGGUGAGCGCCAUGAACACCCGGCGCAGUGGAGCAGGGGUCACAAGCCUCAAUGGUUACAUCUUCGCGGUGGGCGGCUACGACGGGAUGAACCAACUCAGCAGUAUGGAACGCUACGACAUGGAGAACGAUCAGUGGGAGUUCAUGGCAUCUAUGAACUCAAGGCGAAGCGCUCUCAGUGUCGAUGUAGUGGGAGGCAAGGUCUAUGCAUUAGGUGGUUACGAUGGCCAGGACUUCUUAUCGUCGGUAGAGUGCUACGACCCCAUGUCAGAUACUUGGCAGGUAGUCACCAACAUGUGCAGUGGGCGGAGCGGAGCGGGUGUGGCCGUGGGCAUGGAACCAUGUAAGACCGGCAUGUGUAGCAGCGCCGCCAACUCCAAUCGGUGACAGCAGCUCCAAGCGGGGAGCAGAGCAGACGGCACUCCCUAAUUCCAACGUGGAAUCGUGCAGACGGGACGAGGAGAUUUGAAAUCGCCAAAAAAUCAUCAGUACACGUCAGGCAUUUUGAAAUUCAUGUAAGAAGAAAUGGGUCAUCUUUCAGCAGUGCUGGAAAGAUUCCUGCGGCAAGGAGCUCUAGGUGUGGUCUUUGAGCCUGAGGAUGUGCAAAUCGAUGCCUGAAUACCAAGGCGCAUUAUAGUCAGUACAGCUAUGGCACUGUGAUUGUAGUCUCUCCUUUGCUAGCCCUUCUAAAAGCCUAACGGCUUUAAUAUUUGUGUGUGUGUUUGUCACACGCUGCCCGCUGCUCCACUGCUUGGCAGUUCAUACCCAGAAAUAGCUGCUGAUUAAAGAGAAAUCUUAUACUUUUACAUUAUGCAGAGAGAAGUAGCUGAAAACAAGUUUGGUUUAUGUCAUAUCAGCAUUGUGUGAAUUUCUAGCAACAAAUGAUAGGUACAGGUAUACUCUUCAUGCAACUCCUAUAAGAAUCCAAUAUAUCUUGAGUCUGCCGUUGUUUGAAUGCACCAGCUAAAGCAAUACUCUUCUUACACGACAGUUUGAUUUUAGCACCAACAAGUUGCAUGUCCUGAACUGAAUCAUUUUUCUUGUUAUUCUUUGUUUGAACGUCGGAAGCACAACUUGCAGUCUGUUCCAAAUUAGGCCACUUAAUCAGCUCUUAAUUUCUACACAUGUACUGUGUAUUUGUGUCCAUGUUUUUAGUUCUAUCCUCUCUUUUUGUUUAAAUACAUUUUAUUCUGAAUAUGCUUAACACAUAACUUUGUUAAAUGAAAUUUAACUGUAAAGAUGUAAUAAUAGACACCUUUAUCUAAUGAGAGAAAGCCAUGUUUUCUUGCUUUCUGUGCUAGAAUGCAACCUCAAUGCAAUAUUGCUGAUGGGAUGUUGACAAAAUUUACUUCCAUAUUAAUUUUCGCCUUUCUUAAGAUUGAUUUCAAUGACAAUUUUCUUUUGAUGCCUUACACUACUCAUGGACUAAUUCCAUCGCUGCUGGCGGAUCCGAUCGGGCAUAUAUUGAGUACAAAUUGAGUAUAUAUAAAACCAAACGUGCCCCUCCCCCUGCAACAAAUUUCACAAAAGCUACCUGAAAAUAUGUAUAAUUUUGUUGUUCAUGGAUUAGUUUUAUUGUCAAAAACUUUUCAUAAGAUAUGUUACCCUCCCCCAUCCCCAAAAAGGAUCCUGGAUCUGCCACUAAUAUCAUAUUGGUCUAUCUGUUCGUUCAGAGGGUCUAACGUAUGUUUGAGGCAUGCUAAAGGUCCAUAAGAUGCGAGAGGAAGAUGACAAAAUAUUAGGAAGCCCUGGACCAUAUUCCCAACUUGCAAACAAUUCCCACCGGCCCACUAUACCUCGAGGCCUACACUAGGAGUAGUGGUUUCUACUCCCUGUGCGCUCCAUCACCUCCAUGCACUGCGUCUAUGUAUUUAAUUGUCUUAAGUCAGUCCGUUUGUCUGGGUCAUUGUAAUGAAAAAACAAAUAGUAUACUACAGUGUUUUUUGUUAUUCUUGGAUAAAAAAUGUAAUGGUAAUAUUACUAUUCUGAUUCCCCAGUCAUAUAUGUAUGUUGUUUUCAUCACUUUUUCAUUGGACUAUCAUUCAGUUUAGUUAUACAAUCUUUUAAUAGAGAAAACUUAAUACCGAACAACAAACAAUGUUCCAGCCACCUAAAGAUCUAUUACGCUAAUCGAUUCAUCUACAAUGCUAUCAAACAACAUCCAAUCAUUUUCCUGUCGUGUCAUAUUUUCUUGUAUGUUUUUCUUUUUGUUUUUUCUUUUGAUGAUCUACAUGUAUAUGUCUGAUGAGGAGAGUGUACACAUAUCAUCUUGCCAAUGAGUGACAGGUCUUAUUUUGGGAGCAAAAAAUGUUUGCUCUCUGUGGUUGUGUGUGGGGAAUUGGUUCUUUAUUUAAUAGCAAAAGUGGUGAAUUGUCAUCAGGUUAUGAGAGUGGAGGGGUUGGGGCUUAGUUAAUUUGUCUCCAACAUACAUGUAUUUAUCACCAUUUCUUAUAUUGAUAUCAGAGUAUGUCACGAUACUCGUCCAAGUUUCAAGUUACCGGUAGCUACUGGUAUAUUGUUUGAUCAAGAUUAUUAAAUUAUUAUACAACGCCAUAUUUUAGGUGUAAUUGUAUUCAACAUUUUUGGCGGAUGAUGGGUAAAGAGAACUUGUGGCAAACUUUUUUUGUUUUUUUUGUUGGGGGGGGGGGGGGUGAAAAACACCCAUUUCACUCUCCCUUUUCAGAAGCAGCGUAUAAUUUGAUCAUGUAGUCAACUUUUUGUCAACGGUAUACAUAUACAUAGCAACCAAUAUAGGGGGAUAGUUUAUACAAAUGUAGCCCUUUCCCUCUCCGAAUCUAUCCUGGGUAUUUUAUAGUAUAUUGUCCAUUGUGUUACUGUUGCUAUGGUAGUGGACUGAUGUCUGCCUCCAAGCACAAUGAUCCUUUGUUUGAGCUGGACUUUUAUAUCUGUUGAAAUAUUGAUAUUUCAUAUAUGGGUCAUUGGGAAUCGGGUGUUAUAAGACCUGGCGAUGAGGGCACAUUGCAUAAUGUGAAUCUAGAAAUGGCGCUUUUCAGACUUGUCAAAAUUAGAAUAGAAACAUUAUGAAAUGUGUUAUGGAUAACGAUUGUAGAUGUAAACUGAGCUAUGAGACUGAGUUCAAAGGAAGGGGUCAAAUUACUGAGCCUACAAAAUUUGUACAUACGAGAGUUAUAUAUUGUGCGAUUUGAGAAAAUAUUAUAUAUAUAUGUUUUCAUGAUAUGUAUAUGUGUUCAACUGUAAAUUUAUGUCAUCUUAAUGUGCUUCGUGUAUUGAAGCACAAAUGAUUAUGUGUCACCCAGAAUUUUUCAUCUGCUUACCGAUGUUUGUGUUUCCCCCCUGCUUACAGCUUAUUUCUUGAAAAUAAGUAUGAUUCAGUUCUCUGUGAGGAUAAUAUUAAACAUGUAAUAAGGUCAAUGAGGUACACACUACUGUCCGAUGUUAUAAUCUCCCUUUUUCAUCUUAAUACUUGUAAAACAUAUACAUUCUUGCUCAUGCAUUAAUUCUCCUCGCAACUCUGCAUUUGCAUAGUUUUAUGAUUUGUUAUAUUAAAAAUACAAAAACUGUAAAGAUUAUUGUAAUCUCUUGGAAAUGCAGCAAAAAAUGGUGCAAUUUGUAAAGUAUCAAAUCAAAAUGAACACAGGGUGUGAGCUUCACCCUUCUUAUAUGCAAACAACUCUGUUUCGAUGGAGUCGUUCAAAGAGUCGAUAACUCUAGUCUAAAAUAUGUUUAUAGGAGCAGACAUAAAAAUUAAUUUAUUCCUAAUGACAUAUUUGCUGGUAAUUUACUCUAUAUUUGGCUAAUAUUUAUCUAGCAGGAAUUUAUGUCAGAAUAUUAUGAAUUCAUAAAGAAAAGAGACCCAUUUGGAAACACUUAUUGUAUUCGGAAGUAAGUUUACCAUGUAAACAAUUAAUCAACUGUAACGCAAAUUCAAGUUUAACCUGUGAAGAAGGAUCCAUGUCUUAGUUUUUUUGAUAGAUGAGCUCGAUUAUGAGCUUUGUGUAUUUUCCCUAUUUAUUGCAGAGUUUAUGUAUUCUUAAAAGCAUGCAAUAUGUCUUAAAUCAGCCCAUUGGGAAAAGAUGGAAAAAACAGAAUUUCAGGAACAAUGGGUUGUUGGAAGCUUUUGAAUGAAAAACAAAAGUAUUACAUGUAUGAUGUCUUCCAUUUAAUUUGCUUAAAAUCUGUGAGUUGAUGAUAUCUUCUUUUUUUUCUUCAUGCCGAUUGAUUUAAAACUUGUUUGAUGAUGUUCCAUUUAAAAUGUGAAUUUUAAAAAAGAGAAUUAUUGUUGCAAUGUAA